AGGUAGAAAAUAUAUUUUGCAAUUCCAACGAAUAGUAGGGUAUAUACUUUAGAGUACCAUAAUACUCGCAAUGACGGAUGUUCACCUUGAUGACAGUAAUUAUGGAAUAAAGAAGAAAUUUAUAGCUCCUUCUAAACAUCCUCCAUCCAAAUUUAGAGAUGAGGCAAAAGUUACAUUCCAUUAUGUUGUCCGUCUAUGCGAUGAUGAUCACACCGUUAUAGACGAUAGUAGAAAAGACAAUGGAAAACCGAUGGAGCUCAUUAUGGGUCAUAGCUUUAAAAUUGAAUCUUGGGAAGUAUGUUUAAAAAGUAUGGGUGUUGGAGAAGUAUCUUCGUUUACCGUGGAUAAGAGUUUGUUAUUUAGUUUUCCCAUGGCAAUGAAGCAAUUGAGAGAUAUCAGAGCUGGAAAACCAGUUACUAAAACGUCUAUCUGUUGCGGUGGUCUUCAAAAUCUGCAAUUAGGUUACGAUGAUUUGGAUAAAUUACUAAAAGAACCUCAAGACUUGGAAUUUAUUUUUGAAUUGCUGACUUACACGGAUCAAGAAGACUAUGAAAGGGAAAAUUGGACAUUAAAUAGCAGCGAAAAGGAGGCGCUAAUCCCACGUCUUAAGGAACAAGGAAAUGAACUUUACAAAUGCGGUUGUAAUAAGGAAGCAGGUGCAAAGUAUGAAGAAGCCCUCGACAUUCUGGAAAAUUUAACUUUAAAAGAAAAGCCAAGAGAAGUAGAAUGGAUAAAGUUAGAUAAUCAAAAGAUACCCUUUUUUCUCAAUUUAUCGCAAUGCCAGUUAAAUAUAGGAAACUACUACAAAGCUAUAACGUUUGCUUCCGAAGUUCUCGACCGUGAGCCAGAUAACGUUAAAGCUCUCUUCCGCCGAGCCAAAGCCAACGUUGGUGCGUGGAAUCCUAAAGAAGCUAGAGCUGACUUUGAGAGAGUGGCAAAACUCGAUAGCAGCCUCGAAAAAACUGUACGUAUCCAAUUAGCUAAAUUAACUCAGCUAGAGAAGGAAAAGACGGACGAGGAUAAAAAACGACUAGAGGGAAAAUUGCUUGGGUCAAUAUAA